AUGGCGAAACAAAAGUCUCCUACACCCCAAGAAGUAUACAGGGCCAGGAAACAACGGGAGGAGCAGGAAAGAAAUGCUCUCCUUCCUCCUGGUCUCAUCAAUCAUGGCAACACCUGCUUUAUGAAUUCCGUCCUCCAGGGUCUCAUAGCAACACGAUAUCUUGCCGACCUUGUACAGUUUAACCCCAUGCCUCACUCUGUUCAGACAUCUGCAUUGACGCUCAUCGCAUCAAAGAGAUCGCCUGAACUUACCAAUGGUCACGAAUUAGGUGGAGAAUGGGAGCAGCCGUGGACGGCUGGAUUGCCUAUAGGGGAUAGAUUUGUGUCUGUUAUGCUCAAGGCAUGGGGUCUCCAGGGAAAGCGUCAGCGUGAAAGUAUGAGUCCGAGAGAUAUCUUGGCUUCUCUGGGUCAGAAGUAUGAACAGUACCUUGAUUUUCGACAACAAGACGCUCAUGAGUUCUUACGGCAACUACUCGACGCGAUGCGCAUGGAAGAAGUAGAUAUUAUCAAGAAACGACAGCCUCCGCCAGACAAAAACAAGAAGGGUCGGAGUGAGUCGAAUAUCAAACCAUUGUCACCCCCACCCCGGUCCCGGAAUGUACGACCUACAUCUUCACCGCUUGCGCAGGUCAUGAACGGACCGACGGAACCCAUACCCGAAGAGGAGAGAUUAAUUUCAUUUGUCGACAUGCUUUUUGGUGGGAAAUUAGCCAGCGUGCUCGUAUGCCAGGCGUGCAAACAUGUGUCUCAUACUUACGAGGAUUUCAACGAUCUCAGUCUGAGCAUCAAAGCGGAAGAUUACGCCCGAGGUCGGAAGCGCGACAAGUUGAAGGAGUUUGCGAAGAAGAUUAGAAAUAUUUCAGGAACGGCAUUGGGUGUUGGGAUGUCGGUGCAGCGCUCGUCAUCUGUUCCUGCGACACCGAGAAGGUCUUCAGCGUUGGAUGACGACGCAGAUGUAUUGAGCUCUCCACGACGACGAAGUAUCGAUCUGGUCGAAGUCGAUCCACCGGUUGCAGAAACCAGCGAAGGCCAUAAACCAGCGGAAGUUUUGGUGGAAGUUGUAUCGGCUAAUACAUCACCUGUAAUACCACCCCAGGAUUCGGCAAAUCGGAGUUCUGGAUCUAUUGAGGUCAAAGAUAAAGUUGGAGAACAUGUCGAGUUUGCUGAGCAAGAGAAAUUGGACAAGAAGGAAAAGAAGGAAAAGGAUGAAGACAGCUGGACAAGACUGGGUAGAAGACUUAGUGUUUCUGUCGGAUUAACCAAACAAUCCAAAGAACACCGGCGACGUUCUAGAGAGGAACGAAAGAAGGAGAAGAAAGAGAGUCCCUUGUUGUCAAAGCAACUACCUUCGAUGGAUGAUGAGGACUCUGUUCCCAAGGCACCUGCGCCAGCUGCGACGUUUGUUCUCCCUUCUACAGAUGCUGUGAAUCUUGUGGUUACCCCGGAAGUAAUGUCUGACCGGGAGCAUACGUCGUUGAAUGCAGUCAACGAUAAACUGCAAGCACAGCUUUCUUCUGUGACAAGGUCACUUUCUCCAUCGUCUCGUCCAUCACCAGGGCCAUCACCUGUGAUACCGUCCACUCCCAAGUUUCCCCUCAUAGCACGUCCAUCCAGCCCAUCGUUACCGACCAAACGGUCUAAACUUCGGCCACCAAAGUUAACAAAUGAGGAGUCUGCUUACCUUCGCCAGAUACUUGCAGAUAUUAACCCGGGGCCGACAAACCCUUUCGCGAUAUUCAAACCACCAAAAGAUCAUGUUGGCGGCACUGCUAUGUCACAUCCUCCGAACGCUUGGUUGAAGAUGAGCCAGCUGGCUGGGAUAGAGGAAUGUCUCAGGAUGUUCACGUCGGUCGAGGUACUGGACGGGGAGAAUAUGGUCGGCUGUCAUCGAUGUUGGAAGAUAGCAAAUGGACUAUACAAACCCAAAGCCAGGCAAGAAGCGCACGGAUCCGAGUCGUGCACAGAUAGCGAUGACGAGAAACAGAAUGUGGGUGAAGAAAGCAUUCAAGAACAAGAACAACAGCGCACACCUCGCCCCAAUGGUGUCAUACCGCGGAGCUUCAGAGUUAUGGGUAUUGACUCAUCAGCACCUACCUCUGCCUACCCGUCUGCCACCGCCUCUCCUUCGAGUUCUGUAACAUCUUUCUACGAUUCUUCUGCCCACGACAGUGUGUAUACAGGUUUCUCAGAGAAAUCCGCGAACACAACUGUUGGAUCCCGGUCUCUCAAACCUCCUUUGAGUCCACACGGCCGUCCGAAUAUAUACGGUGGGCUUCCUAUUCCAGUGAUAUCCACGACAGGCCCCGAGUCUCCACUCUCUCCCCCUCUAACUGCACGGGCGAUACCUCAACGGCAGGACACCCUCGCCUCCACUUCGACACAGCCAUCUGUAGUAACAACACUGUCGUCGAGAGGCUCCCUACAGGCUCCCAGAGCUUAUCGUAGGCGGCGGAAAGAGCCUCCUUUUGAUAAUACUACUGAUAGUACAGAUGACUUCUCUGACGGGGACAGUGACGGGUCUGGCAACAUGUCGCUGUGUUCGGACGCCUCGUCUGUUCAUUCCUCUGCUGUCUCACCAAACGCAUCGCGAGACCACCUCCCACGACCUGUUUCUCCGCCACGUAGUGAGAUGAAGCGAACCGAACAGGAGCCAAGACCUUCCAAAGUUCCUCGAUCUAAGCAGGUCAUCAUGCGUCCGGCGUUCAAACGGUAUCUCAUUUCGACUCCACCUCCAGUGCUCGUCGUCCACUUGAAGCGCUUUCAGCAGACGUCCAAGACCCCCGUUAUAUCGUUUUCCAAUGGCUUCAAGAAGCUUGAUGACUACGUGUCGUUUCCUGAGUUUCUGGAUCUUGCGCCAUAUCUUGCCCCGAAGAAAGAUGAAUUCUUCAAGUCGAGAGCGACAGGUAGAUCACGUGGGAAGCGUCCUGAGCGCUGCAUGUAUCGGCUGUACGCUGUCGUGGUUCACAUCGGUAACAUGCUAGGCGGGCAUUACAUAGCAUACACUGCUCUUCCUAGCUCGACGAGUAGCGAUACUGCGAGGUCUUCAUCUGAAACCACAGGUUCCGAAUCUGAGAAGCCUUUAUCGGCAGCCAAGACUCGGAGGGAUUGGGCCUACAUCAGCGACACAGUUGUUCGGUUAGCGAGUCUAGAGGAGGUUCUGAAGACGAAAGCCUACAUCUGCAUGUAUGAACGGAUAUGA